UUUUCAGAGUUUUUAAUGUUCUGCAUCAAUACAUUUGGCAGUAAAGUAAACUAUAACCAGUGCACCAGUCUCUGGUUUUAAAUAAUUAAAAUACUUAUUGUAAAUUUAAUAAAAGAAACAAUUUGAGCCGAUGGUGUUCACUGUUUUAGCGUGUAAUUUUUAGUGGCGGGAUGGAUUGAAGUUGAAAAACUAUAAACUGUGCUAAACACACAUAGACAAAUCUAAUAUGUUUUACUUUCUCACCCACUUCGAGAAAUAUAUCCGUUUCUUUCACAUAAACAUACAGAAUCAGUUGAAAUUGAGGAUAAUUCUACAGUUCAUCAUUGCUGAUGGUGUUUUUAUCAUUCUACAAGAAUCAUCACAUUUUCCAAUGAUCUACAUAUCUGGGCUUGCUUGAGGGUUAUACAUCAUGAAUAAAACCACAACAUUCCAGCUAUCUACACAAUCAUUAACCACGUUUCACCCACUUACACAGUCAUCCAACAAUGAUGUAAUAAUAGGUGUCUCUAUAUCUGUGGUUCUUUUAAUUCUGGUUAUCUCUCUAGCUCUACUUUGCAAAUAUAAACCACAAUUAUUUCCAUGUUUUAAUCACCAUUAUCAAAGAGCUCGUCAAUCAUCUCAAGUUGGCUUAUCAUUUGAGCAAGACAAAGAUUACCAACAUGAUACAGAUCCUCCUGAAAAUGCGUCAACUGAUGAAGGAUAUUUUUAUGAUGAAAUAUUUGGAAAAUCUGCUUUUACUGAUGAAACUACCAACCAUUCUAUAACUAACUUGUUUUCAAUAACUGAUUAUGAUGAAACUUCUGAACAAUUUACUUCUGAGCGUUUCUGAAUGGAUAUUAAAAUCCGCUAGUGGCAGGUAAAUUAUUCUACUGUUUCUGGCAACUUGUUACUACAAUACCACAAAAACUUUCAAAAGACUGCUAUUAGAAUUGUUUGUUAAAAAGAAAUGGUUUCUAUGGUCAAGAAAUAAUACAGCUGUAAACAUACAUCUUAGUAUUAAUCUUGCAUGUAUAUGGAUUUUGUAAAUAGGCAAAGUGGAAGAAACAAAAUAAGGGUUUCUUUUUAUUUUAGAAAAAAACUAGAUUUAACAAAUAUGGAGUAGUUUCCUUCUAUAAACUGUAGGUUGUUAUUUAACCCCAGGUUAAAAUACUUUCAAGCAGUUAACACUAAUUUUUCUUCUUUGGAUAUAAUGUCUCUAGGAUUUCAUUAUCCAAUGUGCCCUUUCUCUUUUUAACAUAUAUAGGAAAUUUGGUUACUAUUUCUGGUUCUUGAAACAACCAUGUAGAGGCUCCUCCAUUUGGGCGUAUUAACUAAUUAAAACAAAGAUUUUGUAGGUGACGUAACAAUUCUCAAACAAGGGGAAAUAACUUUAAAAGAAAAAUUUUAAAUGCUGUUGUUUCAUGGUGAAAUUUAAUUCUCCAUACCAUUUCUUGGUCAAUAUAGACAUCAUCCGUCAGUUUAUCAUGGACAUAUUUUAUUAUUCAAAAAUAAAUUUCAUAUUUUUGUAUAUUUUAAAUAAAAAAUUUUAUUUUCCUUCAAAUGA